AUGGCAAGUGGAGGUAUGAGCCAAGCGAUGUCAGGGUACUACGGGGCGGCAUAUGGUCCUCUGGGAGCCAGCAUGGCCGCCGCAGCAGCUGCAGCCGCGCAGCAAAAUGCCAUAUCAGCAGCACUCCAACCCAAUGCACAGGUGGGUAGUACGAUGGAUAUGUCAAAAUAUUCCAUAGAAGACAAAUACAGAAGCUACAGCAUGUACCCCGACCCUGCUAGAGGAUACCUCGAUUCCGCGGCCUUGUCUAAAGCCUACAUGUACAUGGAUCAACAACAGCAACGGUAUCCCAUGGACAUCAGCAAGAUGUACUCAGAGGCGUCAGCUGCCGCGAUGGCUGGGUUGAGCGUACCUCCUAGUAUCUCUCCACGCUCUACUGAAUCCCCUGACGUAACACCGAAGCACGAUCGCCCGGAGGGCAGCUCCUCCACUGGGUCGAAUCCCUCGCCGUCUCUGCCCUAUUACCAGUCGCCUGGGCUUCUCAUGCCGCAGUACCCGAGUCAGUACGCGCAGAGUACCCAAAGUGGAGAGUUUAGGAGACCACUCACUGUAAUUUUCUGA